AUGACAGAACAUUGUAUGGGAGAAGCCGGCUGCGCCUGUCACCCAGCGCCCACCUCGGGUCUCUACACAUACAGCUACCCCGGACUGAUGGCCGGCCAGGCCCACGGGCUCUACUCUGCCUCCCCGUACGCGGGCCAGGGAGUCUUAGCCACCAACCCGUCCUCGAUCUACAACCCCACGUCGGCCACGUAUGAUCUGAAGGACACACCCGCUGCGUGGAGAGGGGCCGUCUACCCUGCCGGUUAUUACGCCUACGACCCCUCCAUGGCUUAUCCAUACGGCAAUGGAUACGGAGCAAUGCCGAUAAAUGGGGCAACACACACGAAAAAUGCGACCAAGGAAGCGACGGGAAUACUAAAAUCCUGGCUCAACGACCACAUGCAAAACCCCUAUCCAACGAAAGGAGAGAAGAUAAUGUUGGCAAUCAUCACAAAAAUGACUCUAACACAAGUGUCCACGUGGUUUGCCAACGCUAGGAGGCGCCUCAAGAAAGAGAACAAGAUGACGUGGUCACCUAGAAACCGCUACGAUGAUGACGUAGACAGAGAAAAGGAUGAUGAUGAGAAGUCGGAGAAGGACGGCGAGAGUCGGGAUGACGUCACAGCCGAAAAAGGAACGGUGGAGGAGAAGUGUUUGUCAGGCAAAACAGAAGAUACCUUCCUUAGUGGAACCUCCGUGAAGGCCCCUAGCGUCGACCAUCAUCUUUCGUUGUCCCCGAGACUCGGUGGGAUAGAUGAAUCCUCUCCAAACUCCUGUGCCAGUGAACAGGAUGUGACGUCACCUCACGUGCUGCGGAGAGAUAGCGUUCUCUCCGUUGAUCAACUCUCGCCGCCCCAGUUACGUCAGAGCGGCGUUGUUCCCGAGGACCUGACGGUGGCCUCUCCGCUGGGAUCGCGCCUCCACACUCCCGAUCUCGACACGGCGAAAUCGCCCAUAGCCAACGACUCCUUGACGGCUAGUAAACCACGGAUUUGGUCCAUAGCAGAGACAGUGGCGUCAGAAACACCUUCCACGCGUACAAAAAAUACGAAUUCCUCUAUUUACUCUUUUGACUCUUCGCAGACGUUCGCCCCAUCAGUGGCGCCUUCCUCUGGGCAGCAGUAGUCGUCAAUGGAAUCUGGCGCCAGACCGCGUUUCACAGUGCGUCACCGUACUGAACCUUCGCCCGUGUGUUGCCACGAACCUAACAGUGUCCUUGUGACCCUCUCUGCAUGGAUAUUAAACGGUGUGAUGCCCGAGAAUCUCCAUAGCGUUGAAGCAGAAAAAAGUAAUGUUCGUCUGUGAAAUUUGUAACAUUCAGAUCUCCUGCCGGACGUGCCACGUGGGUGGGGUGAGACUGUCUCAUAUGGCUCCGCCUAGCGGCAAGGGGAGCUAAGUAGACAGUAGCGAAAUGGAGGAGAUUAUAGUGUUAUGUAGCCGUUUUACAUAUGUUUCGUGUCGUGUGUUUCAGAUGUUCUGCUGGCGAGAAAUAUGCUGUAUUCUUGUCAGUGAUUUUGUAAAGUAUUACUUACCGUUAAUGCUCCUCAGACUGUGCGACCUCAUAUUUUUGAUUUUUUCUAUUCAAAUCGGGAGGAUAAAGACAAUAAGGCACCUCCUUGCCACAUUUGCCACAACAUUUGGCUUCUUUUUCUUUGUUUUAAAACUUUGAUGGACUAACAAUCAGGAACAUUGUGAAUUUGAUUGUUCAUAAUCAUGGAAUGACGACUUAGUCAGAUGGAAGAUUACAGAGCUCAGGGUAUUCAAGUCUCCGUCGGCAGAUGACUGGUGUUUGGGGAGACCUGUUUGCAAUCAGCAACAAAAUUCCAGUUCAUGAAGGGAAAUCUCCACCACCGGAGGACAAAAAGGAUCUCAGAUGCUCGAGUUCUAAUAGAACAUCUAGAUAUGAGAGUGGCGAGAAGAAAUGUUAGCGGGAUGCUGGAUAUAAGCAACAGUCACGGAUGUUGGGAAAUCGUGACCCAGUCAUGAAAGAGUGAUAUUCUAAAG